AUGUCCAUUCCUCUUCGACAAAUACUCGCACUCGCAUUAUGCACAGUCCUAUUGAUCAAUAUCAGUGUCGCACAACAACCCAGCUCGCCGCCUUGGCCGACGCUCUCCUUCAAGUCGGCCCCGACCAUCUCGCCCUUGUCCCUUGAAAUCAACAAGACUGGAGAGACGGCCCCCGGCUACCUCUUCUUGAAUCCCAACGGCUUCGCACAUAUCAAUUCCACUGCGCCCGUCAUUUUCACCGACGACAACGAGCUCGUGUGGUUCGGACCCCGUGGUCCGGCUUUCAAUUUCGGCCCGUACGAAUAUCGAGGCAACACUGUCCUAGCGUAUUGGAACGGCACGGUCUUUCCAGAGCCGAUUGGCCGCGGCUACGGGUCAAUCGUUCUCCUUGAUUCCUCCUACGAGAUUACCGCCACAGUCAGUCUUCCGGGACUCUUCUUGACGCUCGACGCCUCUCAAACCUUCCCAAGUAACGUCGACCUUCACGAAAUCAAUAUCACGCCGCAAGAUACCAUCCUGGUCACGGCAAAUAAUGUCACACAGCAUGACUUGUCUUCUGUUGGCGGGCCGUACCCCGGUUGGACAGUUGAUUCCAUCAUCUACGAAAUCGACAUUGCCAGCAACGAGGUCAUCUUCGAAUGGCAUGCGCUUGAUCACUUGGACAAGCUUCCACUCUCUGCAUCUCAGCUGCCACUGGGCGAUGAGGGAUACAAUGGUACAACUCAAGCGACGGCUUGGAACUAUUUCCACAUCAACGCCGUCAGCCAAUUAAACGGCCGGGAAGGGUACAUCAUCAGCUCGCGCUACCUUUGCUCCGAGAUUGCCAUAGAAAAGAGUUCCGGCGACGUCCUCUGGGUCCUCUCGGGCAUUGAUGGCGGCGACUUCCAGCUAUCCCCGAACGCAACAUUCUGCUACCAACAUGACGUCCGACAAAGACUUGGGCCCCGCCAAGGACGCACCAACGACAACGAGAUCGUCAUCUCCCUCUUCGACAAUGCAAACUCUCCCUUGACGCUGCCCAACCCUACGGUGCCCAGCUCGGGCCUCAUCCUCAGCCUAGAUACCGAAGCAAAGACCGCGGUUGCCGUGGCUCGAUAUGAGAACCCCAACCUGCCAAUCUACGCGAUAGCACAAGGCAACAUGCAAUAUCUGCCCGGCGGCCACAUAAUGGUCGGCUACGGCUUCGCACCCAUCAUGCAGGAAUUCAACGAGCAAGGUGACUCCGUCAUGACAGCACAGUUUGGGCCCAUAGCCAACGGCAUGGGCACCCCACCAGGCGGCGUCCUCGGGUACCGCGACUUCCGCGGCCCUUGGACCGGGUGUCCCCAAACGCCCCCAGACGUCUACGCGGAGCGAGAAGGGAAUGGUGUCAGAGUGUACAUGUCGUGGAACGGCAACACGGAGUACAAGUCGUGGACGGUCUUCGGUGGCGUGUCGCCCUCGAGCCUCCAAGCCAUGGGUCCAGUCGAGAGGACGGGCUUCGAGACGAACUUCCUCUUCCCUCAGAAUGUAUCGUAUGUUCAGGUGCAGGCCCAGGACACUGGUGCGUGCAACUAUACGAGGGCCCAGACUUUGUCUACAGUCGUCACUGUGUCAUAG